GGCAAACCAGCUAUCGCACAUCGAGAUUUGAAAUCUCGUAACAUACUGGUCAAAACGGAUGGGGAAUGUUGCAUAGGGGAUCUGGGUUUCGCUUUGAAACUCGACUCCAAUUUGGACACGUUGGAUCUGUCUGCUCACUCGGAUCGUGUGGGAACCAAACGGUACAUGGCGCCAGAGGUAUUGGACAACACGAUUCGACAGAACUCUCCAGAGGCAUUCAAACAAGCAGACAUGUACAGCCUUGGACUUGUGUUUUGGGAAAUGACUCGACGUUGUUGGGUCUAUGACCUAUACGGUCCAGAGGAGUACCAACUACCGUACGAAGUGCAUCCACCAUUGGUGUAUGUUUACUUAUUGACCGCAUGUGACAGAAAUACUGAACCAUUGUGGGCGCAUGUGAUCCGUGAAUCGCCAGCUGUUGCGGAUGAUGAUGAUGAUGAUGAAGAAUAA